UGUGUGUCAGCGCGCGGAUUCGGUGGAAGUUGAGGGAGGAGGCGCGCGCAGACGGAGAGCGGGAGACACCGACAGGAGGAGGAGGAGGAGGAGAGGAAGGAAGGGAGGAAGGACGGAGCCGCUCUCCCUCACUCCCAGUCCAGCCUCCGCCAUCGGUACCGCACGGAUGUGUAGCAGCUGGGCCGAGGAAGACACGCUCUAAAGGAAAUGAUGUAAAUGUUUAUAGAGGGAAAAAAACAAUAGUGGGUUUUUUUUUUUUUUUUUUUUAAACCGAGUCGGCGAGCGAGCGCGCGCGCGGGAUGUUUUCCUUCAGUGCGCUCCGUUAGGAGUUACUUUGUUUCAUAUAUUAUUUCAACACCCUUCUGCGUUCUCGGCUCGUUUUAAUUUUAUUAUUAUUAUUUUUUUUUUAUUUUACCGUCGACGCGAGGAGGGUCGUGCACGCGCGCCCGGAGCUCACUCCGCGGUCCUCAGGAGCGCAUGCGUUCUCGGGAAGCGGGGCUGCUGUGACCGGCGGGGGCGCGUGCGAGAUGGCCGCGUCGGGAGGAGCGAAGAGCGGCAAGCUGGACGAGGCGCAGGCGCUCGCGCGGAGCUGCGCGGGGAGACCCGACUUCCUGCCGUGCGACGGGCUCUCCAUCUGCGCCACGCACAGCCACGGGAAGUGCUUCAAGCUGCACUGGUGCUGCCACCUGGGCUGGUGCCACUGUAAAUAUGUCUACCAGCCUAUGACCAGUGUGUGCCAGCUUCCCACCACGCCAGUCCCUGUCUCACCCUCGAAUCACACAAACACCAUAAACCUGUCAAUGUCCCUGACGGAGCGUCUCCUCAGGACCGCCCCUAAAUUCAGAGCUCCGCCCUGCCCCGAGUCGCCCAGAUUUUGUAUCAUCUCUGAGCUUUUUGUCGAUGACUACAUUGUAAAACGGAUCAACGGGAAGAUGUGCUACGUUCAGAGGCCUCAGACGGCGAUGCCUGUUCCCCGGGAGAGGGCGCCAGCCUCGCCAGCCCGGACUCCAAGUCAGCACGCUCAAAACCAGCCAUCCCAAGUAGCCCAAACUCCGACCACGCAAGGCCAAAAAGGUCCCAAAAUGGACCACUGCUCCUCGCCGUCCAGCUCAGAGGACUCUGGGAUCAACGCCUUGGGUCUUCACUAUGUGGAGUCGUGCGAGGACGACUCCUGUGAGGAUGAAGAGGAGGACGAGGAAGAAGAGGACGAUGAAUUGAGCACAGAUGGCAACUCUAGCCCUGGUAGCCUCUGGGAGCAGGAUGAGUGCACUCUGCUCUCACCCUCAAAGUCAACUGUGGAGAUAAUUGAGAAUAUUGAGACGACUGUCUAACACAUCAAGGAAAAAUUAGGUUUUUAUGGCUUUUUUUUUUGACAGCACAUGCAUUACUAAUUUUCAACUUGAGGAUACAAGUUGGUUGGCAAAACAAGAGCACAACCUAAAAAGCCAACCGGUCACAUGGUGAUAAUUAUACGAAAACCUUCUCACGUCCUUUAUACACGAAUCUCCUGAUUGCAUGGUGACCCCGCUAUGGAUUAUACACAGUAGAUACAUUCUGCAUGUACUGUAUGUAGUACUAUGUAAAGCUAAGUGAAGAUGUUCCACAGGUUAAAAAGAGAGAGUUUGAAAUGAAUCGUGACAGAUACACAAACAUGCAUUUCCUUGGUAAACAAAAAGGAGCUAAUGCUCACUCAGCGUGAAUAACCUUGUAUGGAUAUUCUCUCUCUGUCUCUCUCCAAGGACCUGAAUAUUAAAUACAUCAGAAACGAAUAGAGGAGAAUAUGAUAGGCAAUAAAUGGAGGCAAUAGAGUGAGAAUAGAAAAUGUCAUCUCGUAUGGAAGAAAAAAGUGGAAAAAAUUGAGAGAAAAGGGCAGAACAGGGUGAAAGGCUCUUCAGUCUCUUUUAAGCAGGCACCAUUUGAAGUGCGACUAAAUCAUGCAUGAGUUCAGAGGACUGUAAGGACACGAUGUGAAGAAAGACCACAUAUUCGCAAGUCUGCAAAGAGGAUCAGCUUACAUCUAUCUUGCUUUCAAUUUUUCCUUCCUCAAUGGUGACGAGCCCUGAAGCUUUUAGGUGAUUUAGCAGCAGAAUGAGUUCCGACGUCUUGACAAUCAUUUAAUGAUAUAGAUUUAGGGGUAGUUUCAAAGAACUGGUGAUCAGCGGAAUUUCAAGGGGUUAAGGCGCUACGUUCUCCUUAAAGCACAGUGCGGAUACUUUGAACUGUUUGUGUAGCAGUAUGAAAGCCGCCGUCAUCACUGAAACCAAAGCUCUAGCCAAGAGAGCAGCAGUUAUUUCUCCGAGGAUGUUUCUUAGCCAUGCUCCUUUUUCCCCCAUUACAAUACUCACAGCUUAUUUAAUAAACAAUGAUGUAUGACCUGAGCACAUGAUAAACUCAUUCUACUGUCUUUGGAUAGAAGUGAUUAUCUGUUUUAUACAACCGUUGGCAACUGUGGGCAGAGGUCAUCUCUACAUCCUAAGAGACACAUUUUCAAGCGCUUUAAAUCUGGCAGCCCACACGUAAAAGCACAGCCUGCAUGGACCCUAAGAGCUACGAGCCAACAGAAUUUUAAUACCAAGCAUUAAAAACCACUCCAGCCCAGCUGACAACCACUGAUUAUUAAUGCAAGUGCUUGAAAUAGCUGCAGUCUGAUAUAUUCAUGAUGAUUUAGCUAGUCUCGGGCAUAAAUGAGAUUAAAAUGAUGCCUAGGACAAAGUGAUCUAACCAUCGCGCUCUUACUGCAUUUUUAACGUACAGCUGUACAGUACUUUUAUUUUGGGGUCAUAAAUCCCUGAUCUGGGGUUAUAAUCCUACUCGAAACAGUUGUGCAACUGCAUUAAGGAAAGAGACUGUAAAAGAUCACUGUUGUCGUCUCCCCCGAAGUGGACGCUAAAAUUAUAGCCAGGAAUCCACUCUCGUCCGUCUCUCCGACUCCGGCUUCAGUCUCUCAUAACAGCGCCUCUGUUUAUAAGCACAGAACUUUGUCACUGCCUGAUCAGAAGAGUCAAUUUCAGAGCCGUUCCAGUAGAAAACCUAAUGGACCCGUCAUGCAGCCCUGAGGAACCCCACACUCAAUUAUUUGUAUGAUUACCUCUCCCGCUGGUGGAUAAAUAAAUGGGUGUCCCUGUAUCUCUGCAGUUUUAUAUCAGGGAAUAACACUGUAGCUAUAAACAUGUACUGUAGAUACACAAAUGUUUAUCUCAGCUUUAAAUAAACCCCUUUCUUAUAUCA